AUGCAUCUAGAGAACAAAGAUGGUGGGCUGACCUCUGGUGUGCUGGAGAUGGAGCUACAUCAGACAUCUUCUCCCAUGUGUGCUGGCCUGGGAAGGCCAGAACUGACAGGACCUGUCACCAGCAACUGCAGGCUACAGCAGGGAGUCAACAAAGCAGACCCCUCAACCCCCUACCCCAGCAGGGCAGCUGGGCAGAGCUGCUGGGCAUCUGUGGACCGAGAUUUUGAUUCAUUCCUCACAGAGCAGAGGUCUCACUCUUCUUUACCUCAGUUCUUCAACUCCAGGUCAAAAGACCCCUGCUUUACAGAAAACACUCCUUUGCUGAGAAAUUCCUCACAAGAUAAAGGGUCAUGGUGCAUGCCUAUUUGCCAUCCAGAGUUCAUCACUGCUGAAGAAUCUUGGGGCAAGAGCUCAGCUGAGUGGGAGGCAGGAUCCCUGUUGAGCAAAGACUUGGCUGGUUCCUCUGGAUCUGCCUCCCAAGAGAAGGGGGAGCAUCUGGACAGCGCUCAUAUCAGGUUCCAUCUUUUGAAGCUGAGGCGCUGUGUACGGUGGCUGAAAGUCGCAAGCCUGUUUAUCUUUGUGGUGGUGUGCUCUAUUUUAUUCAGCCUGUAUCCAGAUCAAGGAAAGUUCUGGCAGUUGUUGGCUGUGUCACCCCUGCAAAGCUACUCUUCGAAUCUCACCAGCCACAUGGACUCCACACUGCUCCAGGUGGAUCUGGCAGGGGCCCUGGUGGCCGGUGGCCCAAGUCAUACCGGGAGAGAAGAACAUGUCAUGGUGGAGGUGACCCAGGCUGACGUUCCAGGCUCCAGGCGGCGGCGGCCACAGCAGGUCACUCAGAAUUGGACAGUAUUUUUAAAUCCGAGAAGAAGUGAGCACUUGGUGGUGAGCAGGACCUUUGAGAUACUGAGCAGAGAUACUGUUUCUAUCAGCAUUCGAGCCUCCCUCCAGCAGACACAGGCAGUUCCUCUUUUGAUGGCUCAUCAAUACCUCCGUGCAAGCAUAGAAGCACAAGUGACCAUUGCUGUGGUCAUCCUUGCUGGGGUCUACAUGCUGAUUAUAUUUGAGAUUGUUCACAGAACCCUGGCAGCCAUGUUGGGUUCCCUUGCGGCAUUAGCAGCGCUGGCUGUGAUUGGAGAUAGACCCAGCCUGACCCAUGUGGUGGAGUGGAUUGAUUUUGAGACUUUGGCCCUGCUAUUUGGCAUGAUGAUCUUAGUAGCCAUAUUUUCAGAAACUGGAUUUUUUGAUUAUUGUGCUGUAAAGACGUACCGACUGUCUAGGGGAAGAGUGUGGGCCAUGAUCAUCAUGUUGUGUCUCAUUGCUGCUGUCCUGUCUGCCUUCCUGGACAAUGUCACCACAUUGCUGCUUUUUACUCCUGUGACCAUAAGGUUAUGUGAGGUGCUCAACCUUGAUCCAAGACAAGUCCUGAUUGCAGAAGUGAUCUUCACAAAUAUUGGAGGAGCUGCCACUGCCAUUGGGGACCCACCAAAUGUCAUUAUUGUUUCCAACCAGGAGUUGAGGAAGAUGGGCCUGGACUUCGCAGGAUUUACUGCACACAUGUUCGUUGGGAUUUGCUUCAUUCUCCUGUUCUCCUUUCCACUCUUCAGACUCCUUUUCUGGAACAAAAAGCUUUAUAACAAGGAACCCAGUGAGAUUGUUGAACUGAAGCACGAGAUCCACGUCUGGCGCCUGACCGCGCAGCGCAUCAGCCCAGCCAGCCGAGAGGAGACAGCAGUUCGGGGCCUGCUCCUGGGGAAGGUGCGGGCACUGGAGCAUCUGCUGGCCCGAAGGCUGCACACCUUCCACAGACAAAUCUCACAGGAGGAUAAAAACUGGGAGACCAAUAUCCAGGAACUACAAAAAAAGCACAGGAUAUCAGACAAGAUUCUGCUCACCAAAUGCCUGAUGGUGUUGGGAUUUGUUAUCUUCAUGUUCUUUCUCAAUUCGUUUGUCCCUGGUGUUCAUCUUGAUCUUGGAUUUCAGAAUCGUGGAUAA